UGAUCCGCGAUGAUUGGCUAUAGAUCGUCUGAACAGCCAUUGCGUGCUGUCUGUCACAAACAUAAACACAAGGAAUCACAAGCGAGAUUGCAGCGUAAAGUUUUACAAUGUCGGUACGAAGCAUUUUGAAGGUUAUUCACCGCUCUAAUUUCGGGUCAUUGCACUUGCGUGUCCCUGUAAGCAGGAUUUGUGUAAAAUCACCAGCUACUCUCACACAUCACAGGAGCAGCAGUUCAGAGGGCAUCAGCAGGUAUCCUGUGCCCAACAAGAAGAAUCUGCCUUUUGAUAUUGUUGAGCUGAUGGAGGAAGUCGAACAGAAGGGUGGAUUUGUACCCAACGUCUUCAAGGUUCUGUCACAUCGUCCUGCUGAAUUUCGAGCUUUCUUCUCUUAUUAUAAUGCUCUCAUGAACAAGGAAAGUGGUGGUCUGUCGAAAGCAGAUCGAGAGCUGAUUGUUGUCGCAACCAGUGCUGACAAUCACUGCCUGUAUUGUGUCGUAUCCCACAGUGCAUUGCACCGCAUCUAUUCUAAAAAACCUAUGCUGGCCGACCAGGUGGCAGUGAAUUACAAAGUAGCAGAUCUGACCUCCCGUGAGCGAGCCAUGCUUGACUUUGCUCUGAGAGUAUGUAAGAGCCAAACAAUAACUGAAGAACAUUUCAGGACCCUGGAAACUCAUGGUUUUGAUCGAGAAGAUAUCUGGGACAUUUCUGCCAUUGCUGCCUUCUUCGCCAUGUCGAACCGUUUGGCCCACUUGACUGAUAUGAGACCUAAUACAGAGUUCUACAACAUGGGCCGGGUGCCAAGAGACAAAGCAAACCCCUCUGACCAGCAGGUGAAAGGAGAUUAGACUUGAUAAAAGUUCACAAUUUCACAGCAGCAGGGGAGAGAAUAUCUAAAUUUCCAGCUGCAAAAAAAACAUUACUGAAUAAAUGUAUAUUUCUGAUAACAAUUGUGACUCAUUUGAAUGUUUUCAUGAAUGAUAUCUCCGUCACUUGUAAUCCGAUUUAAAUCAUAAUAAUUGUUAUUAGUAUUUUUUUAGCAACAUCCUUUACACGUCAGUACUGUGAAGAAUUGCUUAAACGAUCAAAUAGCCCAAGAACCUUUUUUGUAGCAAAAAGAUUUUUGGGCCAUAGGAUUUAUUGACUAAUAGGCAAAGUUAUAAUAAAGUAGUAAUUUAUAGAGCAGUGCUAGUGUUUCCAGUACUGAGCUUUCCUGUAGCUCAGUUGUAAGAGCAUUGCGUCUAACAACGCAAGGUUGUGGGUUCGAUGACAGGGGAUGGCAAAUACCUAUGUAAAAUGUAUAGGAUAAAGCAAUGUAAGUCGCUUUUGAUAAAUGCGUCUGCCAAAUGCCUAAAUGUAACGUAAAUGUAAUGUUUAAAAUGUACUGACAUCUAUAUAACGUUUUGAUUUAUGUAUUUGGUUGUAUAUUAAAUAUAACAUUUUUAGCAAAUAAAUUGUAUCAAAGUUAGAAAAAAGUAGUGUUGUUAGUACAGUUUGCCUUUAAAAUGUAACAGUGUAAACAUUAAAAACCUCCUGACUUUG